GGCGAGGCAACCAGGACAGUUUGGGUAUGUUGGCCUUUAGGUACUACCUUAGAUAAUAUCUCGCCCUUCGUACCUUACAGCAGCAUAUUCAAUGUAAUUAGCUCACGAUAUGUAAGUAUUAUAUACAUGCAUUACGACUAUUAUUUCCCGGUUAAUCUGAUCUAUAUAAGUAUUUAUACUUUUGUUAGAUACAUGCGCAAUCAAUGCUACAUUAGCAGAUCACUAAAUGUAACACUUCAUCGGGGUAAUGGUGUAUAGUAGCACUAAGUUGUGGUUACCGACCAUAGAUAGCAUAUGGCUAUCCGUCUGUUGUACUAUCGAAACUGACGCCAUCGGGAUGGGUUGAGUUCCAAGGAUAUAAUUGCGGGGGUUGGCAUCCUUAUCAUUUAUGUACAUCCGUCAAGCAAGCUGAGAACAACUCCAACUUUCCUUCAUUACCUAGUAUAUAUACAUCUCCAGGAAACUUUAUAACCAGUCUAGAAUCAUGGCGUCCCAAAGCAGCAACAUUCCAGCAGCCGCAGAAGAAGGGUUUAGAGAUGCUGCCUCAUACGAUGCAUACCGGCCCUCCUACCCUCCAGAGGCCGUCGAUGCUUUCCUUACGAAACUCAAUAUUGCGCAGCAGUUCGGUUCUAAGAUUGUAGAGAUAGCCUCCGGUACGGGCAAAUUCACAGAGCUCCUAGCUCAGCGACCCGAGUCGUUCACUGUUAAAGCGAUAGAGCCUCAUCACGGCAUGAGGGAAAAGCUUGCCCAGAAGGACUUAGCAGGUGUAGAAGUGAUCGAUGGCAAGGCUGAUAAGAUGCCGAUUGAGGACGAGUGGGGUGAAGCUUGCAUCGCGGCUCAAUCGUUUCACUGGUUUGCCACUCAAGAAGCUCUAAAGGAGAUUCAACGCGUGUUGAGACCGGGUGCUGUGUUCGGUGCCAUAUGGAACAUUGAGGAUUACAAUAAGCCCAAGAACUGGCAGGCAACUACAAAAUGGGAGCAGAAGAUAAAUGACUUCGUGUGGUCACUAGAUGAUGGACUUCCUCGGUUUAGACAUCAGAAAUGGAAAGAAGUAUUUGAUCAGCAACUACCAGGUACCCCACUUCAAGUUAUUAAAAAUACCUUCACGGAUCAGUUACCUAGAUUCAGUCUUCCGCUUGGGGAGGAUUCUAUCAAAUGGACGGUCUGGCUUAACGAGGAAGCUCUUGCCUCACGACUAAACACUUUAAGCCAGAUUGCCGUGCUGAAAGGAGACAAACGAGAAGCCUGGGUCAAGUUCUUCAAAGAGACAAUUCAAGGUGAUGACGUUGAGAGAAAUGAGAAGGGCGAAAUUGCGGUGCAUGGUAUCACAUUCUUCACUUGGACCGAUCGACUAUAGGAGUCAUUUGUAUGUCACGAACGGGUAGAAAACAAGGGC